GCAAACACGUGGUCAGGGAUCUUUUCUGAGAGUGUGUGUGGAGUGUGUUUGGGGGGAGUGACUGGGAAUCGGCGCCUGUCUGGCUUUGCAUCUCAUUGCGAACUUGCAACGGCCCGGGUGCUGCUGUGUGUGCGUGUUGUGUGUCUGAGGAGUGUGUUUGCAGUCCGAGCGAGCUCCAGCAUGAAGAGAGGCAAGAAGACAGAGGACGCCGCCGAGGCCGCUGCGGACGGGGAGAACGACUCCGGCGCCGCUUCUGCCAAGAAAGCCAAGAAGGCCAAGGAGCCCGAAGCGCCGGUGCUGUACGAAGAUCCUCCCGACAAGCUGGUCAGCAAGGACGGACGCGACGCCAACAUGAAGAUCACCUCCUGGAACGUGGACGGGCUCAGGGCCUGGGUGAAGAAGAACGGCCUGGAUUGGGUGCGCGAGGAGGAUCCGGACAUCCUGUGCCUGCAGGAGACCAAGUGCGCGGAGAAGUCGCUCCCGGCCGAAAUCACCUCCAUGCCCGAGUAUCCGCACAAGUACUGGGCCGGCUCCUCCGAGAAGGAGGGCUACAGCGGCGUGGCCAUGCUCUGCAAGACCGAGCCCAUCAAGGUCACCUACGGCAUCGGUAAAGAGGAGCACGACAAGGAGGGCCGCGUCAUCACGGCCGAGUUCCCGUCCUUCUACCUGGUCACCGCCUACGUGCCCAACGCCAGCAAGGGCCUGGUGCGCCUCGACUACCGCAAAACCUGGGACGAGGACUUCCGCUCGUACCUGAGCGAGCUGGACAUGCAGAAGCCGCUGGUGCUGUGCGGCGACCUCAACGUGGCGCACCAGGAGAUCGACCUGAAGAACCCCAAGGGCAACAAGAAGAACCCGGGCUUCACGCCGGAGGAGCGCGAGGGCUUCGGCCAGCUGCUGGAGGCCGGCUUCGCCGACAGCUUCCGCCAGCUGUACCCCGAGCAGACCAACGCCUACACCUUCUGGACCUACAUGAUGAACGCCCGCACCAAGAACGUGGGCUGGAGGCUCGACUACUUCCUGCUGUCCUCGUCCCUGCUGGACGGCCUGUGCGACAGCAAGAUCCGCAACAAGGCGCUGGGCAGCGACCACUGUCCCAUCACGCUGCACAUCGCCGUGUAGACGCCCGGCGCCGCGCCCCACUUCUGGUUUCUUUUCUUUUGUAGAUCAGUUAAGUCUUUACUUUUCCGCAUCAAGCGUCUCUGUAAACAUUGCGACGCACACGACGGUGGUGCGACGUUACACUAAAAAACUCCUGCCGAUUUCUAUGUUACGAAAACACAAUGUCCCGUUUUAAACCUCUUUAUGCAAACUUCUGUUGUGAAAACCUGCUGAAACUUAAAAUAAAGACCAACUUUAAGUA